ACUCCGUACAACACCAACUUCGCGGCCUCCCAGCCCCUGCACCCUGUCUUUCCACCGUUUUUGAAUCUCGAAUCUUCCAGGGUCAUCGAAGUCCUGCCGGCAUUAUCUAGCCUUCGUUCCGUACGUGCAUGGCACCCGGCGUUGUGCGUUUUGUGGCGUUAGCGCAAGCCUGUCCACUGCCUUGGACGGAGCGGGGGGAAGCAUCGUCUGGAGAUGAAUCCCCAAUUGUCCGGACAUCUGCACUCUUGGUUCUGACAAUGAAUGCAUGGCCAAUACCGGCGUAAUUGCGGGUACAGUUCCUGGAAAGCUUCAUAAUAUGGAUGAACCGAGGAUCCUGCAGGAUUGCCGCUAGUCGAGAUGAAUUGAGCACCACUUCAACAGGCAUCACCGAAGACAGCCCUGCAGUCUCGCCCGGGCAUUAUCAUCCCUUCCGGCUUCUAAUAAAGGAACUGAGCCACGCCCGGGUCUGGGGAGUGCGGCAGAGCUUGCCCUCCGCGAACCUUAAAAGCCAAGGAAUUCAGAUCCAGCCCGUAUCUCCCCCUCGAUAUGCCGAGCCAAUACUAUCUGUGGUGAGAAUCUCUCAAAAUGCAGGUGUCGUGACACUUUGGAUCAUCAUGCGAUGUAGUCCAGUUCGGCGAGACGAGAUGUCGGUUGCCAGCCUCUGGCAUGGCUCAAUGUACCUGGCCGGAACAUCCGUUAAAAGCAGUAGUCGAGAGGAUAAUUUUGCAUACAAUAUUUGGGGUCCCACUAGCAGACCAGCGGACAGGUACUACUUGUACGUGCAAUGUAAGAAGGAUGCACAUAAGACUUGCACCACACUGACUUCCAGAGACUGCUGACUCGGUUUCCCUAUUGUUCUCGGGCAAUUUUGCAACGACUGUGGCGUCACUGGUUUUGAAGGCCUCGAAAACAACCCAAUUGCGACGUUGGCCGCUCUCGAAGGAGACGGAUGAGAUAUGGCCGCUUGGGUGCUACUCUAUACCAACACAUGCAAUCUCGGCAGCGUAUGCAUGGCGCGACUGCCUCGGCAAACAAAUUUGAACAGCAUGUGUUCGUUCAUUCAGGUGGGAUCGCCUCAUGAAGUCCGCCGUGGUUUCGCGGCUGGAUACCUAGGUUGUGCAACAUUGCUC